AUGGCUUCCAGCAACAACCGGCCGCCAGGGACACCGCCCACGCCGGCCUUUGCAGUGCGCAACGACGAUAACGACAACGACGACAGCGGGCCCUUGUUCCAGUUCACCUGCGACGACUACGACGGCGAUCGGGAUCGGGAUCGGGAUCGGGAUCGAGACGAGAACGGCCGAAAGGAGGAACAAGCGGCAGAUUCCCCCUUUGCUAGUUCCCCAGAGCGUAAACAACUGCAACCUCCACAACACCAACAGAAUCAACCGCAGCAGAACUUGUUGUCGGCAUCACCGCGGAGCGCACCGGGCGCUUUUCUCCAUCCCGACCACCGCCCGGCCUCGUUGCGCCCUCCAUCACCCGAGCUGCUCUUUACCAUGGCGACAGACGACGGGCUUGCGAAUGGGGGAACGGGCUCCAAUGGCCCCGCGCCGAAUAACCCCUUCAACUUCCAGACCCAAUUCAUAUCGACGGGCCCUGUUAAGUCGAACAUUGGCCAACGCCGUGGCCAUCGCUACAAACACAGCUCCAUCAGCGCACAACAUCAAAUCUUCCAAGAACCACCACCACGACCGCCGCCCGUCCUCCCCGCGUCUCUCCCCAUACCCACCUUCAAGGAGGCCUGGGCCAGCAUGCAGCGCGACCAACGCGCCCGGUUGUGGUGGUGUUGCUGCCACGCGGCUGUGGCCAUGUACAUCUUCUUUAGUGCCGAAGGAUCGUUGGCCAUGACGGCUCUAUCCCACCUUGUCUUCUUCGACGUCGGCUCGGCUGCGGUGUGUGUCGUGGUCGACGUGCUGGGCAACUUUGAGGUCUGGCGUCGUUCCAGCAUCCGCCAUCCGUUCGGCCUGCAGCGCGCCGAGGUCCUAGCCGGGUUUGCCAUGUCCGUCUUCCUCGUCUUUGGCGGGUUCGAUCUCAUCUCGCACAACCUCAAGCACUUCCUCGAAACAGUCGGCAGCCAUACCGCACACCACCCCUUAGUAUCAACAACCGAUACAGCCGAAGCCCAUGUCGACGGCCAACAUACCCACACUCACAACCACGGCGACACCCACCACAGCCACCACCACGCCGUGCGUUACAUCACCCCAGGCACCGUCGACCUCACCAGCCUCGCAGCCAUCAUCAGCACGCUCGUCAGCGCCUACGGCCUGCGCAACCACAACCGCAUCCGGCGCGUAAUGCGCGUACCCUUCCCAUACCUCGCGCGACUCCUCCCCGGCGCGGGUUUACUCGCCAACCCUUUCCACUUCCUCACGCUCUGCUUCUCCUUCCUGAUGCUCAUCCUCCCGCUCCUCAGCGUGCCCCAUCUCGUCUGGCUCGACCGCAUGAUGUGCGCCGCCAUCGCCGCAAGCAUGUUCAUCCUCGGCACACGGCUCGCCGUAGCGCAGGGCUUGAUGCUGCUGAUGAGCUACAACGAACUACCAGCCUCGUCGUUAUCCUCCUCGUCACCAUCAUCCACACCGUUAACAACCGCCGCCCCCCUUAGCUCCUCCUCCUCCUCCUCCUCCCACCCAUCAUCCACAUCCACCAAACACUCCCUCACCACCACGACCGCAGAAAAAUCACCCCUCUCUUCCUUAUCCCUCCCCACCACCCCCCCAAACACAACCGUCUCCUCCGUCCUCCACGAAAUCGAAUCCGACCCCCACAUCGCCCGCGUCGAAGAAGCCCAGUUCUGGCAGGUCCACUACGGCCUGGGCAUGGCCAACCUCAAAGUGCGGUUGGCCAGUCCCAGUUCCAGUUCCACCAGCGGUACCAUCACCAGUAGUGGUGCCAGCAGUGGUGGUGGUAUCGGGAUGGGGACGGGGAUGGUUAGCAGUAGUAGUGGGACAACAGGGAGUGCAGCGGAUGAUACGGCGCGGAGUCAGGUGCGGGCGCGAUUGGCGAGGGUGGUGCAGAAUCGGUUGGGGGAGGGGUAUGGACGGGGGGGGAGUUUGAGGUGGGAGGUUACUGUGCAGAUGAGUUGUGAUGGAUAG